AUGACUUACCCUGUACCCGGCACCGUCCACCUGGUGGAUUUGGCGGGCAACCUGAGCGCCAAACAUGAAGCAGGCGGCAACAACCAGAUUGUACUCAUCCCCCAGCCUAGCUCGGAUCCCGAUGACCCGUUGAACUGGACUUGGUGGCGCAAGAACCACAACCGAUUCUGGCAGAUAAUGUGGACGGUGGUCGGCUGCGCCAUCAUCAGCUCGCUGUCGCCAGCCUACUUGCUCAUCCAGGAGGACACGGGGAUCCCCAUCGCCGACCUCAACACGGGUAUCGGCCUCAUGUAUCUCUUCCUGGGCUGGGGCAAUGUGGUGACGCAGCCGCUGGCCAUGAACUUCGGCCGACGUCCUGUCUUGAUCUUCUCGCUCCUGGGCACUUCCUUGAUGAUCCUGUGGUCGGCCUACAUCAAGAACAGCGGCGUGUGGUUCGUCAACCGCAUCCUCAUGGGCAUUUUCUAUGCCCCUGUCGAAUCCCUGGUCGAGAUUCUGGUCACCGAUCUAUCCUUCACCCACGAAAGAGGCUUCUACAUGGGGGUGUACUCCUGGACCCUGUGGAACGGCGCCUUUCUUAGCCCCAUCGCCGCCGGGUACAUCGCCCAGAAUCACGGCUGGCGCUGGAUUCAGUACACCGGCACCAUUAUCGGCCUGACGGUCACCGUGCUCAUGUUCUUCUUCUUCGAGGAGACCAUGUACUUCCGACAGACCAUCCAGGCCGAGUUCCUGGACGAGUUCGACUCCAAUUCCAACCACGCGUCAUCGACCGAAGUGGGAGCUGAGAAGAACGAGAAGAGUCAGAGCAAUGACCCCGGAUCGAAGACUCCCGAGGCUGCACUGGAGGAAGUGACCCUGGGAAAGAGCAACAAGACCUAUCUCAGCAAGUUGAGGAUGUGGGGGCUACGAUCUCCCGACCAGCCCAACACCUUCUGGAAGUUCUUCCUUCUUCCAUUCACCUUGGUGCGGUUCCCGGCCAUGCUGUUUGCCGGUCUGCUUGUGGGUAGCAUCCUGGCAUGGUUCAACGUCUUGAACGCCACCAUCGCGGAAGUCUUUGGUAACGCGCCAUACAACUUUGACACCAACGAAAUCGGCCUGAUAUAUCUCGCGGCAGUUAUCGGCACCACAGUGGGUUGUUUCCUGUCUGGCUGGUUCAGCGAUAUCGUCUCGGAAAAGCUGGCCCGCCGAAACAAGGGCAUCAAGGAGCCCGAGGCCAGACUUUGGAUUGCCCUCGUCACGCUGUUCCUCCACCCAUUCGGGUGCUUUCUGUAUGGCAUCGGUGCCACUCAGAAGAUCCAUUGGAUCGGACUCGCCUUUGGCAUCGGAUUUAUCUCGCUGUCUUUGCCCACCGGCUCCAACAUUGGCCUGACAUAUGUGAUUGACUCGUACAAAGAAGUCGCGGGAGAAUCCAUGACCACCGUCAUCCUCAUUCGGAAUACCAUAGGUUUCGCCUUCGCCUACGCCAUUGCUCCGAUGAUCUCGUCUCUCGGAUUGCAGAACAGCUUCAUCUUGGUGGGUUGCUUGGGAGCAGGUUUCUGGUGUCUUUGCUUCUUGAUGAUAUGGAAGGGGAAAGAGUGGCGCCAAAAGACCGCCGCCGCGUACUGGAAACUGGUCGAGGAACAUGGACUCCAUGCUCACUGA